UGCUGAUUCAAUGUAAUGCGGCACAAGAGUUGUUCGUUCCUCAGCCCAAUGUAACUCAGGAUCUUGUUGAUUGUCAGCAAUGGGUGCAAGGACUCUGCGGUUGCCUAUCAUUACUGACAUUAAACACAAGGGAAUGCAUUUCAUCAUCAUGGAUUCUCCUUCAAAAACUAAUGUGCCUUAUUUUGUCGAGGAAUGUUGUAAGCUUAACGUAUCCGAUGUUGUUCGUGUAUGCGAAGAUCGAUACCCUGUAGAGCCUUUUGUAAAUGCUGGAAUAUGUGUACAUCAUUGGGAAUUCAGUGACGGUUCACCUCCACCAGAGAAUAUCCUCGCAGAAUGGUUUAAUCUCCUCAGAAACCGAUUUUACGGAGAAAAUAACCACCUUCAUGCCGAUCAAAACCACGCAAUGCCCGGACCCAUCGCUGUUCAUUGUAUAGCUGGGUAUGGAAGGGCUCCAGUUCUGGUAGCUGUUGCAUUAAUGGAACUUGGCAUGUCCAGUGAAGAUGCAAUUGAAUUGAUUCGCAGUAAACGUAAAGGUGCGUUUAAUGAUCGUCAAAUUCAUUAUCUUACUAAUUAUCAUGCACAUUCUCGUCUACGUCGUCAUAAUCAUCGUUGCUUAAUUAUGUAAUUUUAUUUCAUCCACUCAUUCAUUCAUU